AUGAUGCGACGGGGAGCUCAGCAGUACGUGGUGGCCAGGCCGCUGUACUCGGAGGAGUCCUUCGCCGAGGACCACGAGGUGGUCUAUAGGCCCCGCAAGACCAUGCUGGACCACGUCAAGCAGUACUUCACAUGCGACGCCAAACGAGCCAAGAGCGCGGCUCUCUCUCUCCUGCCGGUCAUCGGCUGGUUUAAGAUCUACCGGAUCAAAGAGUGGCUGCUCAGCGACAUCGUGUCCGGCGUCAGCACCGGACUGGUGGCAGUCCUGCAAGGUCUGGCCUACUGUCUGCUGGCCUCUCUGCCUCCCUGGUACGGGCUCUUCUCCGCCUUCUUCCCUGUCGUCGUUUACUUUUUCCUGGGCACCUCCCGACACAUCUCAGUGGGUCCGUUCCCAGUCUUGUGUCUGAUGAUCGGCUCGGUGGUCACCAGGUUGGUCCCAGACGAGGGUCCGCCCCUCAACAUCACAGGCUUCGAUGGCCUCACCAGAGAGGAGCAGAGAGUGCUGGUGGCUUCUUCUGUGAGCUUCCUCGCCGGCAUCAUGCAGCUGGCGAUGGGUGUUCUGCAGGUGGGCUUCGUUGUCAUGUACCUGUCCGACACUCUGGUGUCAGGCUUCACCACAGCAGCCGCCAUCCACAUCCUGGUGUCCCAGCUCAAGUUUGUGUUAGGGUUGACUGUUCCAGGCAUCAGCGGUCCACUCUCGCUCAUAUAUACCCUGGAGAUCAUCUUCAAUGACAUCACCUCCACCAACGUGUGUGACGUGGUGAUCUCCCUGGUGAUCAUGGUGGUGGUGUUCGUCGUGAAGGAGCUGAACGACCGAUUCAAAUCCAAGCUGCCUGUACCCAUCCCCAUAGAGGUCAUCAUGACUGUCAUUGCGUGUGGAGUUUCAUACGCGUUUGACUUCAAGACAAGAUACGGCAUUGAAGUUGUCGGCCAUAUUCCAAAAGGGUACGAGCCUCCGAUAGCACCAAACCUGCACAUCUUCCAGGAGACGGCGGUGGAAGCGUUUCCCAUAGCGAUCGUGGGUUUCGCUGUUGCCUUCUCCGUGGCAAAAGUCUAUUCUGUAAAACACGAUUACACCAUAGACGGAAACCAGGAGCUGAUAGCUUUUGGAGCCAGCAACAUCUUUGGAGCUUCCUUCAAGUCUUUUGCUGCGAGUACAGCGCUCUCCAGGACCGCUGUGCAGGAGAGCACAGGUGGCAAGACUCAGGUGGCUGGUUUACUGUCAGCUAUCAUAGUGAUGAUCGUCACGCUGGCCAUUGGAUUCCUACUGGAGCCGCUCCCGAAGUCUGUGCUGGGUGCUGUGGUUAUCGUCAACCUGAAGGGCAUGCUGAUGCAGUUCAGAGAGGUCCCGUACUUGUGGAGGAGGGACAAACCAGACUGUGUGGUGUGGUUAGGUACCUGUAUUGCAGCCAUCUUGCUGGGUCUGGAUCUCGGAUUGGCUGCAGGCCUCGGUGUGGAGCUGAUCAGUGUUGUCCUCAGGACUCAGUUCCCGCGCUGCAGUCUGCUGGCCAACAUCAAAGGAACUGAUAUCUACAAAGACAGAAAGGAUUUUGUUGAUAUAUAUGAGCCAGAAGGAGUGAAGAUCUUCAGGAUACCAUCACCAAUCUUCUUUGCCAACAUUGAGUUCUUCAGGAGCAAGCUGGUGGAAGCUGUUGGCUUUAACCCGCUCAGAGUGUUGAGAAAGAGAAACAAAGCACUGAGGAUGAUCCGGAAACUUCUCAAGAAGGGAGACCUUCAAUGGACAUCAAAAGGCUUCAUGAACACCUCAUGUGGGCCCAUCAAGGAGUCAGAGGAUAAGAGCAACAUGGAGGAGCUGGACCUGCCCACGGACUUCAAGGACCUCCCGACCCGGAUCGACUGGAGCGCCGAGCUUCCCGCCAACAUCAGUGUCCCCAGAGUGGACGUCCACAGCCUGGUCCUGGACUUUGCUGCCGUCUCCUUCCUGGACAUCUCCGCUCUGAAGGGACUGAAAACGAUGCUGAAAGAGCUGAUCCGGGUCGAAGUUGAGAUUUACAUUGUGGCUUGUGAUCCUUACAUCCUGGAAAAACUGCAUGACUGUUGCUUCUUUGACGAUGAAGUUCAGCCGUCAAUGUUCUUCCUGACUGUGCACGAUGCCAUGCUGCACAUCCUGGAGAAACAUCCAGAGUCCACAGAAAAUAAAUCUGACUAUGACAAGAUUAUAACAACAGUCACGGUUCACCACCCUGAAGGCAGUUUAAGGAGCAGAGACAGAAGUGCUCCAGAUCCAGAAACCAGGUUAUAACUUCUGAAUAAAAAAAAACACCACAAACAAACCACAAAAAAAGACAAAAAGAG